GAUUGCUUCCAGCUUGACCUUCGAUGGCCCUGAAACCGUUUGGCAAGUUUGAGGAACACAGCGGUAGCCUGCCAUGGUCCAUCUUCCCGCGCAAGCGCUUGGACAUCACAUACUCGGACAUCAUGUCUGCGAUCGCAUCAUGCUUUUCACUGAAGGAGACCGACCGCGACACCCUUGCGACCGACUUGGAGACCGUGUUCGACCCCCAAGGUCGAGCGCUGGCCUGUCUCUCUGUCCGCACUGGGUUUGACCUGUUUCUGCAAGCCAUGGCGUUCCCCAAGGGCAGCGAGAUCAUCUGUUCGUCCAUUACGAUUCCAGACAUGCUCAAAGUCAUUCACCACCACGGCCUCGUGGCGGUGCCCGUGGAUUUGGACGAGAAUACGCUGGCCAUGCAAAUGGACGUGCUGGAGCGCUCCGUCACCGCCAACACCAAGUGCAUUCUCGUGGCCCACGUGUUUGGCACGCUCAACAACUUGGACACGGUGUCUGCGUUUGCCAAAGCGCACCACAUCCUCUUGCUCGAAGACUGCGCCCAAGCAUACUGCGGGCCGGCCUACACUGGCCACCGCGCCACAGACGUGGCGCUGUUCAGCUUUGGUACGAUCAAGACGUCCACAGCGUUUGGCGGCGGCAUGCUGCGCGUGAGCGAUCGCGCCAUCCUUCGCAAGAUGCGAUCCAUCAACAACUCGUACGAGCCUCGGUCGCGCAAGUUCUUUCUCCACCGCCUGCUCAAGUACUCGGUGCUGCACUCGCUGACCACGCCAGCGAUGUUUGGUCUGUUCUUCCACGUCGUUUCCAAGCUCGGGUACAGCGCGGACGAAGUCAUCACGUCGCAGAUCCGCGGGUUUGCCGGCGACUUGAUCUCGGGCAUCCGCCAACGUCCGUCCAUGCCCCUUCUCUUUCUCCUCCGCCGCAAGCUCACGACAUUUGACAUGGCAUAUGUGGCCAAGCGCAAGACCAAGAGCGAGGAGCUGGAGCAGCUGCUUCGAGGCAUCCCCCACACGUCCGUGCCGGGGGUGCUGGCCAAGAACCACUACUACUGGCUCUUCCCCGUGCUGGUGCCCCACCCCCGCCACGUCGCCGCGGCCAUGAUCCAAGACGGCUUUGACGUGACCGCCGGCGCCACCCAGCUGGCGUUUGUCCCCCAGUACGAUGCUUGAUGGACAUCUUGUUUCAUGGUUGUGUUUGUGUGUAGCCCCACGGAUGCCUCGUUCGACCCCGUGAUCUCGAAAAAAGUGAUGCAAAGCCUCGUGUACUUGCCCGUGACGGCCGAAAUGCCGCGAUGGGCCCUGGAAAAGAUGGCCAAGUCGCUCGCCGCGGCCGUCGCGUCGACUCCAUCCAAGCUAUAAUCCGACAUAAUGUCAUUCGAGUUCUGACGAUCCA